GGUGACCACGGUGGAAUAUUUAAGUGUUGUUUUUAGCGUUCGGAGGUCGCGAACCGGAGCGCAGAAUCGAGAAACUAUCCCACGUUCGGGCGGCGUCAAACGCAGAGACCGGCAUAGUCGGCUAGUGAAUCACAAAUCUCCGUAGAGUGUGUAACGGCCGUCGUUGCAGUUGCGAUUUUCCGUUCGUUACCGAGUAAAAAAAAAUAAUAAAUAGAAAUAUUAGUUUUAUCAUAUUGUCAGUGCGGAAUGCGGGUUAGUACUGAAAAAUAAAAUAAUAUAAUAAUAUUCCGUACCCAUUUGCAUUUCUCGUUUAUUUCGUUUUAAAACAUGUAAACAAACUUAUCAGUAAUGUAAUUUUUUUUCAUCCUCGUACAUUUUUAUCAUUAUUUCGGCAUGGCGGAAUUUCUGUUGAACGUCAUACGUCCGGAUUAAAAACAAAAAAAUAAUAAAUAAGGAUCAUACGACAUGUGUACAGUGACUGGCGGAUUUCUACAGUUAAGCGCUUUGUGCUUUUGGAUAAUCGCUAUAACCAAUUGCCAAGGCAAACUGGCGACGUACACACAGAGACCGCCACCGUCUUCGACGCCGCCGUCGGCGCUGCAUCAGGCCGACCGCACGUCCUCCACCCCCGGGAACGGUACCGACCAGCUGUACCCGUUUUUCGAUUACUACGUGCCCCGCAACAUCACGACUACGAUUGGACAGAGCGCAUUUCUCCACUGCCGGACGGAAAACUUGAACGACAAAUCGGUAUCGUGGAUGCGGAAGAGAGAUCUACACAUACUGACGGCAGGAGUGCUGACUUACACCAGUGACCAGAGAUUCCAAGUCAUCCAUCCGGAUAACUCGGACAAUUGGACCCUACUGAUUAAAUUUGCUCAACCGAGAGACGCCGGAAUCUAUGAAUGCCAAGUAAAUACCGAACCUAAAAUGAGUUUGGCAUUCCAGCUCAACGUCGUAGAGAUGAGGGCCAGGAUUUGCGGGCAGCAGGAGCUGUACGUCAAGGAGGACAGCGAGGUGAGCAUGCGGUGUGAGCUGAGCCAGGGCCCACACGACCUGGGAACCAUAUUCUGGUACCUGGGUAACGUACCCGUGUACACGGACCAGACAAGCCUACAGUCAAUCCGACAGCCGAGGGUCAGCGUUCACACCGAAUGGGUGGACGGACUCAAAAGCACGCUGCAUAUAGCCCGAGCCAAGCUCACAGACUCCGGAAAUUACACGUGUAUGCCCACGUUUGGACAAUCAGCAACCAUCAACGUACACGUGGUCAACGGCGAACACCCUGCAGCCAUGCAGCACGGCAACCGGAGUGCGGUCAGCGGCCAGAUGACCGUGCACGUUCUAGCCCUGGUCAGCCUGGUCAUAAUGCUGUCCAAUCCUGUGCUGUUUGGACACUGAGGAAAGCAAACCGAGGAUGGCGGGGAUAUGAUGGCGGCACCGCCGUCUCGUCCUGACCUCUCCUUCGACCCCCAAGCACCCACAUACACCCGCUCUCACCGCCAUCCAGGCACGGUACGCCGCGAAAUCUUAUUUUCCUUCGUCAGCCCCGGAACGAGUAGGACGACAACCGACUUAACAGACGCGGACGGUGUUUCUCUUCUCUUAUACAUAUUACACUAUACAAUAUACAUACAUAUAAUGCAUAAUAUAUAUAUAUUUAUAUAACGCUAUAAAUAUAAACACUUCACGCGUUUAUAAUAUUAUUAUAUCCAUCGUGAUAUUUUUGGAAAUAAAAAAAUUGUAAAAUUGUAAAAUAAAUUAUCGCCCCGAAGACGUGUCGCACGUCAAUCGAACGAGCGGGUGACCGUUAUGUUGUGAGGAGGUUGUUGGGGACGGGAAGCCAGCUGAAGUCCGGUUUAACUAUUAUUAUCGAUUUUUAAAUUUUUUUCGACAAUUCGUCCCUAAGGAUGGUUGAUACAGAUAAAAUAAGAUGAUCCAUUUAACGUAAGACAUACGUUUUUUAAGAAAAAUAAAUAAAAUUUUUGAAAAAUUUAUUUUACAUAAUUUUAAGUCAUUAUAAAAUAAUUAUUAUUUUAUCAUUCUUAAGUUUUUUGAUGUUUUGAAUAACAACAUAUAUUUUUAAUUUUUUUUUCCAAAGAAAAAUAUUAUUCAGAGUAUUUCGAUCUAUGAAAAUUUCGGACAAAUAGUUUAUUAUAGUUGUAAGUAUUUAAAAUGUAUACGAACAGAAUAGUGUACCGACAUUAGUACAUAGAAAGAUUCUUGUACCAUCGCACUCCACUCCACUCAUUUAAGUUUAAAAUAUUUAUAACUCAUAAACCAUUCGUCUGAAAUUCGAUUUUUGUACUUCGAAGUACUAAAAAAAUAUAUUAUUCUUUGGAAUAAAGCAUUAAAAAUGCAUGUUGUGUCGUUAAACGAGUGAAAAAUAAGAAACAAUUUUUACGAUAAAAAAAUUAUAUUUUAAAAACAUGUUGUUUUUAGCGAGUUAAAAUAAUGUAAAAAAAAAAUGUUCAAAAACGAUUGUUUUUAGUUUUUUACUUAAUGAAUGUCGUACUUAAAUGGAUCACUCGAUAUAUAAUACAAAAAUCCUCUACUGACGAUCAUAUUAUACGUAUGGACGGACGAUACCGUAUCACGGAGUGCACAGCUGGCUCAUUUGGAGUCGACCAGAUUUUGGACGAUCGUCGUUUAUUCACCGAUCAUCGAAUUCGAAAUAUAGCUUAUAGACCAUUUCAUUCGUCGAGCGAUAACAAUUACACGUUACACCUAUUUAUAAAUACGACAUCAACAAGGGACAUGCCUCUUUAUCGAUUGUUCAAUGUAUAUUAUUAUUAUUCGAUUUUGCUAAAUGUAUUUUUCUGUAUUAUCGUGGUAAGGGGCUGAAUACCGAUAUUCGGAUGUAUGUAAUAGAUAUAGGUUCAUAUAAGUAUGUAAAAAAAAUAUCUUAAAACGCAAGUAAUAAUGUAUUGUUUCUUCUUCAUCCGUUUGAUUCGAAACGAAAAUACAAACAUAAUCAUUUUCUUUCUCUGGGUACAUUAUAUUAUACAUAUAGGUACGCAAACACAUCAAGUCAAGUAUACAUACGUACACAAACACUACAUUCUGUCGGAUCGGAGGUCAAACAAUUUUUCAUAGUUUUUCGUGUUUCAUUUUUUAUUACCGUCAAACAACAAAGCGGAGAAAAUAUUCCUUUUAUCGCACCCGCGUGAUUUCAACCUUAAACGUCGUCCGCGCCCACGCAACGUGCGAUACCGUCACCGUAAUUUUUUUAUUAUCAUAACUAUUAUUAUAUUACGAAACGUCCAAUGAAAUUAUAAAAUAUAUACUCACCGCCGUCGACAUAUGGUUAUGAGUUUGAAUGCGUUUUGAGCGACUUUUUUAGAUAAAAAAAAUCCCGAAAACCUCUAACGGAACGGUUUUAUUUUUUCAGUUUAUCGCUAACCGUUAAUUGGUUUGACGUAGACGCAUUUUCCUCGUAAAUAUAUUACAUAAUACCUCUACUAUCGUACCGAGGUUAAAUUACCGUCAAUACGCAAUAUGACAAACGUAUAAGCGAUAUUGUAUUUGACAGGGUAGUAGAUUAGAAUAACGAUUUUAGCGAGAAAAAAAUAUAAUUCUUCGAAAAAUAUCACUAAUUUUUCUUUCUUGUUAAUAAAUGAAAAUCAUUUAAUAAUGCAUGAAAGUGCCUAUGACCUGUGCCAUCGUCUUAACUCUAAAGAAGAAAAACUUAUUUUCAUUUUAUUAAUCAAAAAAGUUUUGUACUUUUUAACACGACGAAAAUGAAUUUGUUAUGUGCGAUGUACUAAUAAUUAAACGGCUAAAAUUUAAAAUCGAUAGACGUUUUCAACAGUUCACUGUGUCAAAAUUAACAGGAACAAAAUAUUUAAAAAAAAAAACGUUUAAUGACUAAUAAAAUAGGGGACGAACAAAGUGGUACAAAAAUCGACAAAUAUAUUAUUACCAAUGCGUAGGUAUAGCGAGCGUUCUCGAAUGACUAAUAAAUCGAUUUAGGUAUGGAGAAAAUCAAAAACGAACGCGAAAAAUAAAUUUUCAAUGUAUAGAUAAAUCUCAAAUCGUUUUGAUAUAACCACACAAUAACCCAAAUCUACUUAAACGAGUAGGUAUUUUGCUAUUGUAACCACGUCCGAAUCGAGUCGACUUAUUCACCUGCAAGCUCUUUGGGUGCGUACAAUUACAUAAAAAAAACCGUGUACGGACAACAGAUUUCUAUUUCAUAUUACCCGACGUAUAAAUAUAAUAACGUCGAUGUUCAAAACCAUCACAAAUUCACAACGGUUAGCUUUAUUGUUAAUAACGCGGUCUGGCGAUACUACAGUGCGCGAGGGUAGUUCGUGAAAUAGGACGCUGCACACGUCCGACCCGAGUUUAUAUACCGUACAUUUUAUACGUAGAUCAGUGGCGACUCGCCUGCACAAGAGCAUGUGGAAUACCCCGAAAAAUUGCAUAAAACAUUAUUAGAUUUCUAUAUCUGAUUUAUGAUACCUAAUCGGUUUUUAUGCGAACAAUCAGUAAAUAAUAUGAAAAUUGACGAUUUAAAAAAGAGAAAAGUUUUCGCUGUUUUUCGUAUUGACAGAUGUGUCUAUUAACGAUUAAAAACCAAAUUCCCUAUGCUCUGGGCGGAUAUACUAAUACCAGUUACAUGCGUCGACACGUCGGCUAGCAAAACAUGUUUUUUUGAAGCUCAUUUAAUGUUAGCACCGGAAUGUUUUUAUCGUGCCACGAUGUCACGUCGGCUGUCGGAACAAUAAUGCGUUAUUGCGUAUAACCGUUCAUGCUUUGCUAUUGGUCAUUUUACUAUUUAAUUUCAUCAUUUCGCCACCGAAUCGCAGACUAAAUCGUAUACCUACCUACUGCUACUAUUACUAUUACUACUACUCCUACUCUACUACUACUACUACUGCUACUACUGUGAUUUAUGAUGAAUAAUGAUAUUUUAUGUACACACAUCUAAAAUAAUAGACCGUUAAAAACACAUAAAUGUAGUAUAUCAUACACACACAAAGUGAUUGUUUUAUUUUUGUCAUGGACCAGACGCCGUGCGAAUUCGUUUAUUUGUUUACCAACUUUUAAGUGUAAACGCGUUUAAGUUAUGAAAUAAUAAAUACAUGGCGAACACCGUGUGGUUGUUAAAAUAUAAAAGUGCUAAAAACGCACCCGGACAAGGUGUGGCCCGGUUUGUGAUAAAAUCAAUAAUCACCCUGUACAUAUAUACAUCCAUUAGCCACCACAUGCAGUAUAGUUUAUAUAUUAUACACUCGACGUUCACGACAUAUAAUAAUAAUAGGUAAUAUGCGUUAAAAUUUAAUGAACCGAAAGAAUUCGAUUUACGGUCGCGACUUUAUACAGCAGGUACCACACACCCCCUUCGGAUACAUUAUGCUUAGCGUAUACGUAUAACAUCUACGGCUAAAAAUCAAUUACCUGAUAACCGAAUGUGUUCCCACUGACGUAUACACAAUGGUGCAGCGAUGAUGAUGAUGAUGAUGAUAAUAAUAGUAAUAAAAUAGGUUUAUUACGGUGCAUUUUUACUAAAAAGCCGUUUUUUAGCGCCGAGAUACAAAGACGUCACCGGACCGAUCUAACUAAAUAUUACAAUCGGUUAUGCAAUAAAUUUGCCUUUAGUAUACAUAUAUAUUUGUAAUCCAAAUAUCAUUGUUACAUUUAUGUUUGUUUUAACCGAGAGUGUUCGGGAAAAACGAUAACGUUUCAAUAGUCAUCGCGCACGCGAUAGAUUCGUACUUCGUGUGUCGUUUUAAUCGUUAAAUCGUAAUAAUAAAUUACAAAAAACCGUUUAAAGAUAAUUUUCCAAUAAUAAACACUAUCCUAAAUAUGUACAAAUGGAUAAUUCAACAAACAUUCUGACUCCUAUUUUUUUUUCAUUUAAUAAUGAAUUUAAUUAAAUAUUGUAGAAAUUUAAAAUAUACCUUCUCAAACGCAAUAUUUUCAAAUUCUUGAGCUUUUUUGAAAUACUUUAAGAUAAUUCUGUAACAGUACAAAAUUCUGUUUUUAAAAUUAGAACACUCUUUUAUUACUACCUAUAAACUAUUUAUUGAAUAAUUUUUUUGAAAAUGUUUAUUCAAACGAGAAAUUUCUUCGUUGUAUUAUAAUAUUAAAUUCAUACAAAAGAUAAUAAUAGUCCUUAAAACUUGUCACACAAAAAUAUAAAAUAAAUUUAAUAUUGGAUCUACAUAGUAAUUAUUAUUCAUGGAUAAUUUUCACAAAUUAUUAUUUACGCUGAAGGAUGAAAUUAAUAUCUAAAACUUACAAACAAAUCAUCAUAGCUAACGUCAUAUCUACCAAAACAUAAUAUCCUAAGUACACAAAGUUACAUAAUUCAAAAAUUACUCAUUAAAAUUUUGAUUUUGAUACGUCACACUUUCAGUAAAAUUAUGCACUAAAUAAUUUACAGUAGAAAAUGAAAGUUUUCAUUUGAGAAACAGAAGUUUGUAUCUCCACAAAAUACGUCUUAAGUUGUAAACAAAAUCUCAAGAAUUUAAAAAUAUAGUCUGUAAACAUUCGUAUGUUUAAAAAUUCCAAAAAUCAUUAUUUUAAUGACUAAAUUAUUGCAUAAUAAUAGAUCAUGAUUCAUGAGUAUGGUUAAUGAAUCACUCUCUACCUAUGUAGAACCGUUUGGAUAAUAAAAUAUAUUAUUCAACCAGAUAUCAGCUACAUAUUUAUUACAAGGUAUACUACGUAGAUUCACAUUUUAAAUGUAUCAAUAUUCAUGAAACGCGCCCUAUAUAAAAUAAACCAACCUUAACUUCUCGACGAUCUUAUGACUCUCGCACAAACUCGCAUAUAAGUAUCUAUUUCUUUUCCCACACCCGGUUCUAAAGAAACACCCGCACGAUCUAUCCUUCCGGUGUUUUUCAGCGUCAUGUUAGGUUUCUACAACGUUAGCGACGCCAAUGUCAAUUUUUAACUCAAAUCUUAUAGAUCGCUUUUGGGUUCACGUACCCCGUGUAACACUAUACGACUGUAGCAGCUCAUGUCGUAUAGCUGCGCGCUGGCACAAAAGUGAUGUUGAUGAUGAUGAUGAUGAUGAUAUCUAACUCGAACGGAUAUAAAAGUGAAAAUACACGGUUGCAAAAAAUAAGUCCCUAAAAUUCUUCAUAGCACUAAAUCUAUUAUUACGCAGUUCCGCAAAAAUGCGACCAAUUUCCAAUAUGUACUUAAGGUUUCGACGAACUCCGUUUAUAAUCAUCAUUAUUUGUUACUAUGUUUCCUUGUUAUACGCAUGUUUUGAAUUUUUCUCCAUACUGAAUACGAGAAAAUUAUAUUAAAAUAAUUGUGAACGCAAUUUAGCCGUGAAUGAUAAUUUCAAAAGCUAAAUGUAUCACUUCGCCUGUAAGCAUAGUCGCACAAUAAGAUAUGUAAUAAUAAAUAAAAGGUUUAUUAAUAUAUAGGAUGUAUUUUAUAAAGUAUUAAGAAUUCUCCGCUGAAAUUACAUUUAAAUAUCUCAUAUCUUCCAGAUACAUCCUAUAUGUGUAAUAAGAUAUAUAUAUACACGAAUACAGUACGACAGUGAUAUGAAUAUUUUAUUUUGUUUUAAACUACCUCUUUCAUUUUUCUCAGUUGCGAGGACUACUACUGCCGUAUUAACGAAUCGUACUUAUUUAUUGAAUUCUGCGCUACGGAAAAUAAGAGAGCUUCAUAAAAAUAAUGUCACAUCUUACUCAACCCCGCGCAGAUACAAACGCAUCUCUAUAAUCCUCGCCGUUCGGCGACUUUCACUCUGUCCUCUAGGGACCUCAGAAACGGACGUCAUUUCUUCUACCCCCGAGGCUAUUAGAAAAUAUGGAAUUCCCGCGGUCAUAAAUUCACAUAUCCUGCAAAUUGAAAAUACUACCGUGUCAUAGUCGUCGUGUAUGUAUAUAUACCUAUAUGAAGUAUAUAUAACUACUUUAUGUGUUCUCAAUAAGUUGAGUCGAACGAAAUUCGGCCUAAAAUUGUCACAAAAAUACUGUAAACAUGCGUAUAAGUGAGUCAAAAGCUUUACGACGAAGACGCCGUUUUAUAUCCAUUUUUACGCGUUACUCGUUUUUUCUGUAUAUACAAACGCUUUUUCGAUUACUCUGCAUAUAAAAAUAAUAAACCCGUAGUUAUAAAAAAAAAAAUGUUUAUCAAAGUAAGUAGGCUAAGGGAAAGAUAAUUGAGAAAACUAAUAAUUUUAUUCCCCGUUUACUCAUUAUUAUUAUUACGCCUGUAAAUCGUACAUCUUAUAUUAUAGUAUUAUACAAUUUAAAACACUAACUUCAACAACUGAUUUCCGACUACUACGUGACAUAUCACAUACACUAAGACUAAGUUAUAUAAUAUUGUAUUUUAUUAUCUAUUGAAAUAAUAUUUCUCUUGUGAAUACGCACAAACUCGAUAUUAACACAGACUUAACGAGUAAGUAGAUGGUUGGAAAAAGUAUGAAAAUUGCUGGAAAAAACACUGUCUCACUCCGGAUGAAAAACUAUAUAAUAUAUAGUAUCGAAUGGGUAAAUAUUAUAUAGUGAAUGAUAUGAUGAUGAAAAAAAGUUUCAGUCAACACGAAUAAUAUUAUUACGAAGCGAUUACUAUUUUACCAUUACGAUGGGGCGACGGCGUCUGUAAAGUACAAUGCCAUACACACUCAGAAAAUAUUAUCAUUAUCUAUAGGUGGUAUCCAUUAUAUACGCGAUUUUCCGAAAACUCCUUCCAAUUUCCACGCCAAUAUUUAGCUCGAAGUCCAAUAGCGCGGUCGUUAAAAACAAACUUUAAUCUAAAGAAAUGAAUCCAUUAAAAACGCACUUUUCAAAUAUUGUCUUAUUUCAACUAUUUCCCAUCAAUUGCAGCAGCCCUAGCACUCCGUUAAACCAAAGCAGUAUAAGCAUCCGAUAUUCUUUACACAGACAAAUAUAUUUAUAUAUAAAUAUAUAUAUGUCGUCUUUAACGCGACGUUCAUGAUUCCGAGGUCACUUGAAAUUACCACCGAAAAAAAAUACGACCAAAAACUCAUUCGGCCGCGUUAUAUUACAUUCUUCGUUUACGCGUAUUUAUUUCAACGGGCUAAUGGACAAAACAUAUAUAUUUGAUCUGUAUGACAUCGUUGGAGGGUUUUAUAUUUAAUAUUUUUUUUCUGCUUAUAUAGGUACAAUAUACUACGUCAUUAUUUUAUCAAAAAAAAAAAAAAAAAAUCACUCGCAAACAUAAUGAUAUAGGUACCUAACUGUUGUUCGAUAAUUUCAAAAACUUUAAAUAAAUACAUUCGAUAACAGUGUACCUAUUUAAAGUGUAAUAUUAUAAUAAUUAAUUACCUCAGUUUUAGGAAGAAAAUUAAUAAUAGCAUAUUUUGUGCGCGUUUCGGAAUUUAAUUGUAAUCUAACUGCGAAUGUUACACGUUAUAAUAUUCUCAUAGAUUUUUACAAUGCGAAAAUAAUAUAUUUCUGGUUAUUUUUUUAAAUAAUUGGCGCGCAUAAUAAAUCAUUAAACGAAAAUAUAAAUUCAAACAAACCUCAAUAUACGAGUGCAGUGAGAUCGAUCGGUUGCCCAUCCGUCAUGUAUACAGUGUGAAAUAAUAAUCGACAGAACUUAUCUUUUUCUGUUUUGCUACCGUCGUGCACCGACCAAAUGUUACCACUUGCCGGACCGCGUUUUCUUAACAGUGGGCGAGCGUCUUACCGCGUACAAAUGCGUUUGUCGUGACAGCAGUCUCACCGACGGUAAAUCCUUUAGGCUCGGAAAAAAAAACCUUUCUGGUACAGUCUCGCGAGACUUAUUCUUCCCUUUCGAAAUGUUCAUAAUGCGCGCGUGCAAAACGGGAUCCCGUACAACCGAUAAGAUCUAGGGGGCUUAUAAUAACUCUUGAGGGACAUCCCCGACAAUUUGACAUGUCUAACUGCCAUUGUCGCGCAAUAUUUCGAAAAACCGGAAAAACCAAUAAAUACUCCUGGCAGAAUAUUCUAAACGGCGAAUGACCUUGUUAUUGUACAUGUAAAAAAUCUCGUCGGAUCUGGACGACGAUGACACCGAAUUAAUCAACGUUACGAGCAGAUUAUAAUCGAACAAACGAAAAAAAAAAGCAAAUAAUCAAUUUCACUGACUAGGUACCAAUAUCCGCGUGUGUUACUUCACCGUCCGAGUUCCGUGCCCUUUGUGCGCGCUAUUAGUCUUCGUUUUGUCUUUCGAAGUCGCAAUUCACCACUGCUAAGACUUCACGCAGUGUAUAUGGGGCAUUGGGGCAGUACCUAUAUAGUGCAAAUCCGACAAAAAAAAAAUUAAAUACAAUUCCAAAACUGUCCGACACGUGUCCGCAGAGAAAACUUUUCGUGACACGAAACGUCGAUAAUUCACAAAAGCGUAAAAGCGACUUUUUCACUCACGAGAUUUUUAUUAAUGUUUUCUCGGUAUACGGUUCGAUAAAGUUACAUAUAUAUUAUAAAUUUAUAUAUAAAGCUUACUUUAUUUUUAUUAUUUUUAUUAUUUGUCUUUUUUUUGAAAUUUUUCUGUACUUUUAGAUGUUAUUCUACUCUUCCUAUCUUCUUUCAGACUAUACGUCCGUAUACAUAAAAAUAUAUUUCUUCUUGUCUCGCACAGUCGUCACUGCAACCAUCAUGUGGUCGAAACUAUCGGUGGACUUAGUAAGAGCCAUCCGACGCUGCGGUUGCCGAGGAGUCUGUUGACUUUCCGAUUUUUCGUUGACCAAUCUAUUGAGUCACUUAUACAACGUUCUUUUAAAGACAGCAAACAGAAAUUGAUUUUUGAUAAAAAUAAAAAUAGAGCACUUGAAACCCAAUAUAAUAAACAACCAAUCGGUCAAUUUUCCAAUCAUAGAAAAUGAAAAUAAUAUAAACGACAAUCAAAAAAUUAACUGACUACGUUGUUAGUGAUAUAUAGUACGGAGACACGUUUCUAUUUUAAGUUCUCGGAAAAAGUUAGAUGCGUGCAAUUUUAACAUAUUUCUAAUGACCUUAUUCCUUUUAUCCUUAGUUAUAAUAUCCCUGUUAGUGAAAUAUGGUAUUCCUUAUUUUGUUUUUAAAUUACAAUCGCAUUAUCAAUUUCAUAAGCCACAUUUUUAUAAAAAAUAUAAUAUCAAAUAAUAAACGAUUAUAUUUUUGAAAUAAUUAGUAGGUUUUCAAAGUUUCAAUAAGCGGAGUAACACAAACUUUAAAUGUUUAUUAGUUAAAAUUUUAUAAAUAAUAAAAAAAUUCUAUAAAAGUUUUUAAGUGCAAAACGAUUUUUAAAUAAUAUUCUGCUUUAAAUUUGUCCAGACAAACUAAAUGAUAAAAAUUAUGAGUUCAAUGUAGUGUUAAGAAUGUAGUAUAGGUACAAUAGGUACAUAAAUUUCAUUUUAUGUAUUUCAUAAAUGCUGAAAAAUUUUAAAACCACCACACUCUUUCAACAUAUACAGUAUUAUAUACCAUUCGAAAUGUUUCCCAGAACAACACAGCAAUUCUACAAAAUGCAUGGUUUAAUAGAUCGAAGACCUACUUACUUACAUGUGUAAAUUAUGUAUAUAAACGUCGAAUACGCUCCAAAUGUAUAUCUGUCUGCAAUUUACCUACUUACAAUUUAUAAACAAAGACUAAAAAGAAUAACACUCAAAACGAUACUCCGUAUUGUCUUUAAAUGUCUUAUUCAAUUAUUGACUCUUUAUAUUUAUAAACUCGUUAUGUGAGAGAAAUGUAAGGCUUUAAUCAAAAAAAAUGUAUAUUGUUUACCAUUAUAAGACAUAUUUUAAACAUUAUUUAAUUUAAGCGUUUAAACGUUAUAAACAUCCUUUUACAUUUAUUUUAUUUGGAUUACCUACAUAUUAUUUAAGUCGCAGUUUUAUAAAAAUAACUAUGUUCCAAAUGUAUUUUACUGAUAGUUAUAAAUAUAUUCCCUUGACACUUUCUUUUAUGUUUCAAUCGUUAAUUGUUUUCUGUUACGUUAUUCGAUAUUGAUUUUAAUCGUUAUUCCCAUUUCUAUUUCGUUAUUCGAUAUUAAUUUUAAUCGUUUAUCGUUUCUGUUUCGUUAUCCGUUUUUAAUCGUUCAUAGUUUACCGAUAUGUUAUCUAUUAUCAAUUCCGAUCAUUUCUUAAAUAGUUUAAUAUACCUAUCUUUUAUUUUAUAGGCUAAUAGCGCUAUAUGAAAUAGAUAUCGUCACCUGUGUUAAUAUUGUUAUUUUCGUGGUUAUGGAAAAAUCACGAAUAUUUUAAAAAAUGAGAACUUAUUCGUAAUUGAUCUGUUCAAAUAUUUCCCUACUUUUUUCAAUUUUUAAAUCCUCUGUUCACUGUCGUACCGUUUGAUCAGAAAAAUUUAGAAAUCGUAUAAUAUAUAUUACGUUAUAUUGUAUACUAUCCACGAGCGAAGCAUAUAAUAAGAAAACGAUAUUUAAAAAAAUACGAUUUUUACAACCAAGCAAAAUUGUAACCCCAAAGUAUUUUGUGGAGAGGUGUGAUUCGACGACACCGUCCCAAGGGAAACGUGUUACCAUGAUCGAAAUUCGAGAUACUAUAUAAAUAUAUAAUAUAAUAUAUUAUUGUUACGAAUUAACAAUCGAUAAGCACAGGUACAUUAGCAUAAAAUUAUAUUAUCAGUUAUUAGUAUUGUUAUUAUUACUAUGUUUUAUAAUUUAUGCACCGCAAAUAAAAUUCGAUAUCAGCUUUCGAAAUGAAGUUUGAAAUUAAUGUUUUUUUUUUAAUUUGUCAAAAUCGUUAAUGUCGUUACACCGCAACCUUUUGAGCUGGAUUCAUUACCAUUUUAAACUUUAUACCAACAAAUGGGGACUUUCAAUUUUCAAACCACGUAUAAUGACGAUCAAUUUUUUACAUUCAACACCAAAAUUAUUUUUAAAACCAAUCGGUAAAAUGUUUUUUGUAGGUGGUGGGAAAACAAAUCAUAUUAAAUCCUUGUAGUCACAUCUCACGUUUAUCCUCAAGUUGUAUCGAAGUAUGUAGCAAAAAAAAAAAAAAAUAAGACAAAAAAGAGGAAUGAAAUCUCCAAGCGACACUCUAGGAUACAGUAAACCUAUACGAAUAGCCAUUGAGUAGAAGUAAAAUAUACAUUGAAUAAUAAAAAAUAUAGUAACUAUGCGAUAACAAAUUACUUUUAAUUGUAUAGUUUUUAUUUUUGGACUACAGUUGUGCUUCCUGACCUAAUACCGCAAACGAAUAUAUAUCUUUUUUUUUAAUAAAAAAAAUCUAAAAUCGUACAAAUACAAUAAAUCAGUAACAUGCCACGAAAUGUGGCUGCGUAUGAACUGAGUCCCAAUUAAACCUUUUAGAACGAAUUGAGUUAUUUUAAGGUACAUACUAUUGAGUCCCGUGAAAUUUAAAAUAAAUUACUAAUUGAGUCCAUGUUUAAAUGCUAGUUAACAAUUUUAUAGGUAUGGUUAAAAUAUGUUCUAUGUCAAUAAUUUUGAAAGAUUAAAAUUUAUAAAAAAAAAAAUAAUGUUUGUAAUGUAUUAUUAUUUAUUACCUAUGUAUAAUUCACGGUACAAAUAAAAUCAAAAAUGUCCUCUCUAUAUAUUUUAUUAUAUUACAUUAUUAUAAUUUUUAUUUGAAAAAAAUCAUACAAAUUAUAUUAGCGGUAUCAAGUAUACUUAUAGUAUCAUUAUAGUAUCAUACUUAUAGUAUACUAUAGUAUCAUUCGUUUACUGAUUAAAUUAUGCUUUACCUAAAAUAAUACUAGGACUCAAUAAGUAUAGUUUUUAUUUAUAGCAAGGACUCAAUUAAUAUAUUAUUUUUAUCCCUCGAGGAUAGAGACUCAACUAUUAUAUAGGUACAUCUACAAAACUAUCGUAAAACGAUUGUACUGUAUAAAUAUAAUAUAUUGUAUUAUUAUUUUUAUCUUACAAUAUACUAAUUAUUACCUAUCUAUAUUAAAUGUUGUACAUACAAAAAUGUUUAAUGUUUAAAAUAUUACUAAUAAUUGUACGUUAAAAAAACAUAUUUAAUUUGUAAGAAUUAUCAUUAUGACUUACCAAUAGUUUCCCAUACGAUCAUGACCCUUUUUAUACCACCGUAAAAUAUAAUAUAAAAUUAUAUUUACUACCUAUAUUACUGUUGUUAUUUUAACGGCGUUUACAGGAAUUUGUUUUUUCUUCAAUUCAACAUUUCCAAUGUACUGUGCAUACUGUAAUAAUUAUAUUACAUAUUUGUUACAUUAGUUAAAUGAAUAAAUCAUUAUUUCUCUUGUUUUAAUAAUCAGCGAAAUUUUAAAA